AUGAACACAUUGGAUCAAGAUUCGAUGCCACCGAAGCGAUCUUUGAAUAGUCUUAUUAUCCACCCGGAUGUAGAACCGGGUGUAAUCGAUAAUGCUAUGCUCAUUCGAUGUAUUUUAGAAAAUGGUCCAACCGAAGAGGCUGGUAGACUUUUUGCUGAAGAAGGUGUACAUCUAGAUGAAGCUCAAGAAGUGAGACUUGAAUUCCAAAAAAUACUAAGAAUCGAUCAUCUCUGGAUGCUAAAGUCUUUAAGAAAGCUUACUUUAGCUCACAAUUUAAUUGAGAAAAUAGAACAUUUAGAACUACUCACAGGACUCAAUGAGCUUGACCUAUCCUUCAAUAAGAUUGAAAUGAUCGAGAAUUUGGAUGCAUUAGUCAAUUUAGAAGUGUUGACAUUGUUCCAUAAUAAAAUACGGAAACUGGAAAACUUGGACGCGCUAGAAAAUCUUCUCGUAUUCAGCAUUGGAGACAAUAAGAUAGAAGAUUUUAAGGAGAUGGCGUACCUUCGCAGAUUUCGUAAAUUACGCUCGGUAAGUUUCAAAGGAAACCCAUGCUGCGACGAUCCCAUGUCCUACCAGUUCUUGAAAGCAGCUCUUUCGAGGGUCACCUACCUGGACUAUAAGAUUGUUACUGAAGAAGAGAGGGAGAACGGGAGAGCAAUGUUCAGAGGUCUUUUACGGAAAAUGGAUGAAGCGGAUGAGAAGACGGAACAGGAGAGGAUAGCUAAAGAGGAGUACGAUGCAAAAGUCACGUUCUACGCCAUGUCCUUCGUGGAAUACCUCAGUGGACCUGAACUCAUAGAAACCAUGUUUGAAAAGGACCCUGACGGACAGAUACUUCUCAGCUUUGGUGGAGAACUUCAAGCGUAUUAUGAUCAAAGACAUCUUGCAAAUCCAUCAGCUCUCUUACUUAUUACAGGUUCAUUCAUUUACAGAUAUAGAGAAAACUACGUAGAAACGAUGGCUAAUCUGGUAGAAUUUGCCCAAGAAGCAUACAAGGACAGACAACACGAAAUCAAACUGUUUAAGAACCUCGUAGAUAGUGCUCUCGAGGACAGUGUCGCGAAAAGUAAGAAAGUGUUAGAAGAGUUCCAAGCUAAGAAGAAGCCGAUAAUGGCUCAUGUCGCAGAAAUUAGCAACAAGUUCACGACGAAACAGAUCAGCUUGGAGCAGAUGGAACCGAUGCUGUUGGAGAUUGGGGAAUCAUACCAUGAGCUGCUGUAUGAGCUGUGGAAGAGCCUCAUGACUACUGAGAUGCAGCUGUUUGAACAAUGCGAGGACUCUCGCGUCCAAUUCUCAGUGAAUAUGACGGAAAUGGUGACGAAGUUGCUGGAGGUGUCUCGCAUGGCGUUCGGAUCGUGGCGUGAGCACGAGGGCGUAUGGUCCACGCGACAGUUUGAGGUGCUUUCUAAAUACCUCGGAAACAAGAUCAUGCUGGGAGAUGCGUCGCCUGAACUUUUCGAUGUAAUGAUGGAUCGCGACCUCUUGAUGAACCUCGUGGCUGCAUCAUCGGACACUCACAUGCGCUUCAUAGAUGCACGGGAAGAUCUGCUCACGUCCCGUGCUAAUGCCUGGCGUGAAGACCUCGUCCAAGGAACUAAUGACAAUGAAAUAAAACGAAACAGGGACAGAAUCCUGGAGAUUAACUACUUCAUAGACAACCAGCGCGAGGAGUGGGCGGACAUGCACAUGGCACUAACCGAUACUGUAGAUCCUGAUGCUGUGGCCUUGUUGGGAGAAGAUUUUUAACACUAUUAUUA